AAUUGAGCCAGCAGCCAUUAACCAAAACAACUAUGGCUGCCCAAGUCUUGCGGAGGUCGUCUGCGGAUUCACGAUCUUUAGCUCGGAUUUUCUUGGGGAAAAAUGUCACAGCACAGUGUUGCAUCUCAGGCACUCGACAGACAAGCACCUUGCCAAAGGAAAAGAAGAAGAAAAUUAAAGAUGGACCAUCUUUGGAAGAUUUCAUAUCUGGAGAGGUGACCAAAGACAUGGAUUGGUCAGACUAUAAGGGAAAGCUGAAGCGGGAGGCAGGGGAAAGGGAACGACUGAGACUCCCACCAUGGUUGAAACGGGAAAUUCCUAUGGGCAAAGAGUUCAGUAAGCUCAAGGAAGACCUCCGUGGCUUGAAUCUGCACACCGUUUGUGAGGAAGCUCGAUGUCCUAACAUUGGUGAAUGUUGGGGAGGAAAUGAAGAUAAUGUAUCAACGGCUACAAUAAUGCUCAUGGGUGACACAUGCACACGUGGAUGCCGCUUCUGCUCUGUGAAGACUUCCCGAAAGCCCCCUCCAUUAGAUGCUAAUGAGCCUGUCAACACUGCUACAGCCAUUGCAAAAUGGGGACUGGAUUAUGUAGUUCUCACAUCAGUGGACCGUGAUGACAUAGAGGAUGGUGGAUCAGCUCAUAUUGCAGAGACAGUCAUAGAGCUCAAAAAGCAGAAUUCAGCAAUCCUAGUGGAGUGCCUUGUUCCUGACUUCAGAGGGAAUGAAGAUUCUGUUAAGACAGUUGCUCUCUCUGGACUUGAUGUAUUUGCACACAACAUUGAGACUGUGGAGGCACUUACACCUCGAGUGCGUGACCCCCGAGCAAAGUACCGGCAAUCUCUAGCAGUGCUGAAGCAUGCUAAAACAGUCAAGCCAGAUUUAAUAACAAAGUCCUCUAUUAUGCUGGGGUUGGGAGAAACUGAUGAAGAAAUCUUGCAGACAAUGAAAGACUUGCGAAGUGCAGGUGUUGACUGCUUAACACUAGGGCAGUAUAUGCAGCCGACAAAGAGACACUUGAAGGUAGUAGAAUACGUCACUCCAGAAAAAUACCAGCACUGGGAAGAGGUUGGGAAGAGUCUCGGAUUCAGCUACACUGCCAGCGGUCCCCUUGUCAGGUCCUCUUACAGAGCGGGAGAAUUUUUCUUGAAGAAUUUAUUACAGGAGAGAAAGAAGAGUAAGCAAAGUGAGAGUGCUUAGCCUUUUUUUUCUUUCUUUCUUUCUUUUUUUUUACGUAUAAUUUUAUGGGAAAAUACAGUGAAAGAAUUGUUUUUGGUUAACUAUUAAUAAGAGCAGCAUGAAAAAGAAAUAAAAAGUUUUUCAUAUGUUUGCUUAAGUUUCUGUCAUUUAUGUAUGUACUGUAAAUAUAGAGAAAUAAUAAAUAUGGUAAGAAGAGUAGAAAAUUUUACAUAUAUUUUUAUGUAUAUAUUUGUCUAUUUAUGUGUCUCUGUGUAUACUCUAAAUAUGUAUU